AUGGUGCAAAUCUGGCAAAUGGAACCAUACCCAUGCGGUGAUCCAAGACUCCCACAUCAUCUUUUCCCACCAAAGAAGAUUACUCCAGAUGAGCUCAGCAAGCGGACUGGAACCCUCUACUGGAAAUUGGACACUCUUGAUCAAGUCGCUCUGGCAAAACGUUUGACAACUUUGAAGUUGGAGCAUAGCUUCAAAAAAGAGGACAUCUUCACUCUGGACGCCGAGACAACUGCCAAUUUCGAUGACAAAAUUGAGGAGUUGUUCGAGGAGACAACAGUUCCAUUCGAGCAGGCAAGGAUGAUCAUCGAGGGAUCCGCAUACUACGAUGUGGAGGAUAAGAAUGGGCAAUGGGUUCGCAUUUUCUGCGAGUAUGGAGACUUGAUUCUGAUUCCGUCGAACACUUGCUUCAGAUUUACCACUACACCAAAGAACUUUGUCAAAAUGCGUCGUUUCUACAAGGAAGAAGCCACUGACUAA